AUGAUGUCCGAGGCCGCCAACGGGCCAGGGAAGGGCUGCGAAGCCGCGCCGGGAAAAGGAGGGGCUGCUGCUGCCGCCGCCGCCUCUGCCAGCAUCAACCUCAACAUCAACCCUUCGGCCUCUAAGUUCUUAAUGAAUGUUAUAACAAUAGAAGAUUAUAAGAGCACAUAUUGGCCAAAGUUGGACAGUGCCAUAGAUCAGCUUUUAACUCAGUGUCCUGGUGACUAUAUUCCCAUUUCCUAUGAACAAAUAUACAGUUGUGUAUAUAAAUGUGUGUGCCAGCAGCAUUCGGAACAGAUGUAUAGUGACCUAAUAAAAAAGAUAACUAACCACUUAGAGAGAGUCUCAAAGGAGCUGCAGGCCAGCCCUCCAGAUCUCUACAUUGAAAGAUUUAACAUAGCACUUGGGCAGUAUAUGGGAGCAUUACAGAGCAUUGUGCCUCUUUUCAUAUAUAUGAAUAAAUUUUACAUAGAAACCAAGCUUAACCGAGAUUUAAGAAAUGAUCUUAUAAAACUGUUUACGGAACAUGUUGCAGAAAAGCACAUUUACAGCCUGAUGCCUUUACUUCUAGAAGCUCAGUCCACACCUUUUUGGAUAAACCCUUCCACAAUGGCAAACAUUGUCAAAGGAUUAUACAUGCUUAGGCCAGAAUGGGUUCAGAUGGCACCAGCUUUAUUUUCUAAAUUUAUUCCAAACAUCCUUCCUCCUGCUGUAGAAUCUGAGCUUGAGGAAUAUGCUUCUCAGGACCAGAAACUUCAACAAGAACUUAUUCAAGAGGGAUUUUCCAGAGGUGACCAAUCACGUAAGCGAGCUGGGGAAGAAUUAACGUAUAAUGGUUCAGCAUCGUGUGCAAGCUCAAGAGGGUGCAGAUAGGAACUGUGCUAGAAAGCUGACCAAUUGGAGUGGACUCUGGAACGGCAUUGGAAGGGAGGGUAGCCUGAGACUCAGCCAGGUUGUUCUGAUACUCAGGUUCUCUGAUGCAACUAUACCUAGAAGAAGACGAAAUUACGUACCGGGAUAUUUCAUCUUCGGCUGGUCUCUGGUUCUGUUCCUGAUUCCAGUUUGACCCCUAUAAUUUCCAGCAUUAACUUUACAGAAUACAGUGAGAAUGAAAAGAGGAUGUCCAAUGGAUGUGAAUUUGAUGCACUGGUUUUAUCUUUUACGACAGUCUUUCCUGACUACUUGGGUUUACAGUUUUGCAGGCUUCAAGUUCAAGAAUUUCCCAGCCAGUAUAGUCAUUACUGAAAAUUCUGGGUAUUGAAGUCCACAUAUCUGGAGGAUGCCAAAGUAGAGGAAGGCUGCUCUACUAGUUUAUGGUUUGUAAAUAAUAUUCAGAACAUUCAGCUUUUGUUUCCAGAUAAGGUUUUAUUUGUGGCACUCUUCUUCUCAAGAAUAUUGCUUCGGUCAAUAUUCUAAACAUGGUUUUACAUAUUUUAGCUCUAUGUAGCAUCUUGCCUGAAGAGGAAGCCUGUUUUUUUAUAUAUAUGUAAAAGAAAAGAAAAGAAAGAAAAAUAUAUUAUGUUGUAAAUAAAUUAGUAUUAAGAUUUCUGUAUGUUUUGGCAUCUAAUGCUGAAAUAAUUUGUUUUUCUAUCCUCCAAGGGAUAUAUCUUUGUAAGCGUGUAUGAAAGAACACAAGAAAACUUAAGUUACUCUGUAAACAUUUUUCUUCAAUAUAUGUUGACUUAAUGAGUGGCCCUCUAAAGCCAUGCCUUCAAUAAAAGCAGCAUGGUCUUGGCUGUGGUGCUCCUGUAAAUCAAAUUAUUUGCCAUUUUUUGUGACUGUUUUCCAUAUAAGACUUAACAUGGCAAGCGUUUAUGCAUUGAGUGUCAUAUGUCAUAUUUGUUUCUUGGGAAACUUGUUAUAUUAAAAUAUUUUUAGACAAAUGUUUUGAUUCUGAAUUUGCCAUUUUUAAUUUGUAUCCACUUGCCAUUCUUGACUUAGAGAGAUCAUAGUGACAUAAGACAAUGCUUCUUUUACCCUCAGUUUUUCAGUCUCAUGUUUUCUUCAGAAUGUGGAAUGUGUAAAGCCUGUGGUUGAUGGGAAAGUUUAAAAAGGGGGUUUUAUGGGAAGAGGGGAACCAUAAUAUGUAAUUUGGGAGGGUGGAGAGUGAAGUUACUGUCUGUAACUGCUGCA